AUGAGACCCUGCGCUAUCGUUGUAACAUUGGUGGAGGGGAUGGGCGCAGUUUCAUUGCAAUAUCUGACCCUAUUGUCAGAAACUUUAGUAACAACAUGGCUAUCUUUUUAUGAAAAGCUUGUCCAUCGGCUAGUGCAGACGAUACGAAAACGCAAUUCUUUCUGGGUAACCUUUUACAGCUGGUUACGUUCUUCAUUAAUUGAAAAUUUCCGUUGUAUUGCCGUAACACAACGCAGUAAAAGAACGCCUCUUACAUAUAUAAGAGUUUGCUGUUUUCGUUAUCUUGCCUUACUCGAGCUAUUUGCAUUUGAUCUGCGAACAAUGCUGAAAGGGGAUGUCUCAGAGAUAGAGAACGCACUUCUUUUUAUGACCAAUUUUUCCAUAACGGAAACUGUAUUGGGCAAUGGGUUUCCCGGUCUGGUUCUUCUGUAGAUCCCGACACUGGAUGCGUAAUCGAGAUAUAUGGGGUUGAUACAACUUGUAGUUGGGAAACAGUGAGGGUGGAAAACAAAAACGGAGAAACAAAAAAAAAAACCAAGGUCCGGAUGUGCCUUUGUCAUUGUGCAUUCAACCAG